CAAAUCAGUUGGCGGGAAAGUCGUGUUCGCCAUGUUGUGCGAAGAUUGAAACACAAUCUUCUCCAUUAUUUGUCCGCUUAUUUUCUCAAAGGCCUAAAAUCUAAAAUUGAAAUGGAUGCCUUUCUACGUGGGCAAACUUCUUCUAGCAGUUCAUCGAAGCUAAAGCAGGCAGCAAGCGAAGAGAGCGCCGGUCCUUCGAGCAAGCGGGUCGUUGUUCCAUGGGUUGAAAAAUAGUGAGUAUAAAUGUUUACUCGUUUUUCUUUGAAAAUGUAAAAAGAUAAACUGUCAAUGGAAAGGCCAGCUAAACUGCAGAAUAACCGAUCUCGCUGAAUAAGAAAAGCUCUUUUGCGUUAUAUGUUCUGGAAAUUUUUAAAGUUACAAAAUUAUGCUGUUGAGUUCUUCUUUAUUGCAGAAACAUUGCUGCAAACAUUUUUUCCUUGGUUUGUACAGAAAUUACCGAAUCUUGUGCAAAAUUCAUCCACUUCACAACCAGCAACAACCGACCCACUCCCUCUCCCUAAGGGCAAAAACAGGUCCCCAUUUCCCAAGACAAUGGUGUUCUUUCUUGAUUGAUAUUAGCUUGAUAAUAUUGGUUACUGACAUUAAACACUUAAUGUCAGAUCCCUAAGGAAACAGUUAGUUUUGUUUCCCGAGAGUCCUGAUGUUUCCUUCGUCUCGGGAAACAUCAGGACUCUCGGGAAACAAAACUAACUGGUUUCCUGAGGAACCUGACAUCAAGUGCUUUGUUAUCUUUCUAGACUUUCACUUCAACAGCAACAAAAGAACAACCAGAGCAAAUCAAAACAGUCGACUCCAUUCUGAUAAGAACACAAAUUUAAUUCUCAAAAUCACUGAAUGAAUGAUUUACAAAGUACUUUGCUAAUAUUAGCUGUUUCUCUUCAGGGAUAACGUUGAAAAUCGUUGCUUUUUAGCUUGAGGCUUCAUGUUUGUGUUGUCGUGUUCAUUCACGAAAAAGAAAACUUGCAGUGUUUUUCCUGCCUUCUGUCACACCACUUUCCACCAUGCUUUGAUCACAUGCCUUAAUGUAUCCUGAGUGGGGUUAUUGCUCAAAUGUAUCAUGAUCGGAAUACAUUUGAUUUUAGUCAAUGCAAGGCCAUGUGACCAAGAAUCAGCCUAUGGCAGUCCCUGUUUAGUUGAGUGAAAGUCUAGGAAUAUAACAAUGCAUGUUAAAAAUAUAACUUGUCUUGAUUUGCGUUAUCAAAUAAGGUCUUUAGUUUGAGUUAAGUUUCACUUCAGAGAGCAAUAUGUAUCAUAAAAGAUUAGGGAGCUUAAGCAAUGACGACGGCGAUGGCUAUGAAAACGUCACUUAAAAAGUCAAUUCGCCUGCUUCAAACUUUAUAGCGGUUAUUCCAUCUCAUACAAUUCAUCAAAAAAUGGCAUUUUUUCUGGAGUUGAAGUCUAACAGACUGUAUUGAAGUUCAGGAAAAGAAAAAAAAAGUCAUUAUGGUGUGUUCACAUCCUCCUCAAAACGUGAAUUAGGUAUUUUCAUGUCGUAGUCAUGCAGAGACGGCAAAGAAAUUUACAGAAAAGCAUGUUGUGUCUGCAGAGUUUUUGUUUUGCCAAUCUAAGCCUAUUGCUUUUUUGCUGUUCUUGUUGACAUCGCCGUUGUUGUUGAAAGAGGGAGUAGGGAAGGGGAUGUAUAACUUGGUAACAUUGAAGUGGAGAUCUGGGAUGACUUUCCUAUUAUUUCCUAUUAUUAUUAUUACUGUUAUAAUAAUUAUUAAUGUCCACAAAUGUAAGCUAAUGCCCUCUUGUUCAAGUAGUUAAAACAUUUUUACAUUUAUUUUCAGUCGUCCUAGAUCUGUUGAUGAUGUUGCCUACCAAGAUGAAGUUGUCUCUGUGUUAAAAAAGUCACUUGAGGGAGCGGAUCUUCCUAACUUGCUGUUCUAUGGUCCUCCUGGUACUGGAAAAACAUCCACUAUACUUGCUAUAGCAAGACAACUGUUUGGGUAUGUCGUGAUCUUGGUUCUGCCUGUCUUGUAACAGUGUACUGCAACCAGUUGCAGAAAUGUUUGGAUACGUACUUUGACGAAAAACCGGCCUUUCUUACUUCAAAUCGCUGCUAGUCACACAUCUGUGAGGUAUAUUACUCACCUCCCCCCUCCCCUCCAUUCAAAGUUGUUCCUCCAAGUUUUUUGGGCAUGGUCUUGUAUUGCUGGCAGCUUUGAUAAGGGGACGAGGGGAGAUCAUAAACAGAAGGUAAAGUGUCUCAAGUAUUUUUGCAACCUGUUGUAGCUUAAUUAGAUAGAUGUCAGGGUUCGAAUCCUGGCAAGCCUAAAUUUUUUAAGGCUUAAAUCUUUUCACAACUUCAUAAGGUGCGUCUUUUACUACAAUGAUCUUUGCAUUUAUUUCUUGAUUCCGCAGAUCUAAUAUAGAAAAUUCAGAUAUUCAUCAGUUUCAUAUUCAUUGCUUACCGUUGUACAUGUAUCUAUAUAUAGUCUCCUUCUGAGCCAUUGUAGUCUAGCCGUGCAAAACUCCUCUUAAAACGCAAGUGCAGUUUCCAAACAAGAGCAAGGAGAUCUGAAUAAGUGAAUUUGGGACAUCUGUCUGAGUUCCUUGUGCCAGCAUGUAGUUAGUGAAACUUUCAUUCAGUGAAACACAACUGUUUUCAUGUUCAGUCAUGUGAUCAUACUCAAUAAAAUUUUAAAAAAUUUGCAGAGUAAGAAACUUCAGAUAAGUUUAUAUGAGGGGAGGGUAGUGAUAUUUCCUGUUAUCUCAUUUUUCAUUGGCCAGAAAUCUUUAGGGGACCUACACACCGCACCUGCAUUAAGCCAUGGUUAUGGGACAACAUCCAAAGUCGUCUUCUCCUGCAAACCACUGUGUUCUACAUUAGUUAAUUUUGUUUUAACCACUUUGUCUGUUUUCACUUCUUAGAUCUGACAUGAUGAAAGCGCGAGUUCUUGAACUAAAUGCUUCUGAUGAGCGUGGAAUACAGGUUUGUUAAAGUUUGGUAAUAAAGUUGUUCAUUAAUUCAGGGGUUUUAAUGAACUGUGAAGUAGGCAGUUGGUUUUGAGUCAAGUAACCAACUGUAUCAACAAGCUUUGAAGAAAUCUUUCUGUAAUCUCUUUGAAUUAGGGAGAAAAGUAGCCAAGUUCCCUGAAAAAAGUAGCUUUUUGAUGGGUAUCAGUGCUUAUUGAAUGCUGUCAUUUUAAAAUACCCUGAAGUAAUCUAAACUGGUUAAGCAGGGGAUAACUUGUUUUAUGGAUCACAUCCCUAUUUGUACUCAUCUCAUUUAUGGGAUACAUUACUAGACUUAACCCCCAAAAUUCCUACAUGUACCUAUGAUCCUAGAGUUGCUAUAUUUUCAAUAAUAGCCAGGCCGUCUGUUGCUAUGAAAGUGCUUUGUGGGUGAAUUAAAUUUUGCCAAUUUCAUUUUUGUGAUUGGCAAUUCCCGUUUUCCCUAGUCUAGACUAAAAUCUUCAAUCAAUGAUACCCAUUCUAGUCCUAGACUGGCUGAUUUCUAUAUCCCAUCCCAGACUGAAAUGCUUGAAACUAUACUCUUCAUAGCCUGCGAUGCGCAGACAUAUUUCCGGUCGUCGCUUCUCUCCCUCCGAAAAUAAUUACUUUUCGGAGGGAGGGAAGCGACGACUGGAAAUACAUCUGUGCUUCGCAGGCUUUACCCUUCACAGCAGCGCAUAUAUAUAUAACCUAUAUACGGAAUUAACCCAACCCCUGGAAAGCCAUGUAUCAUUUUGUAGGAAUGCCAAUUAGGAAUCUUAAAAUGGCAUUAUGAUAUGUUAUAUUGAAGGUAGUGAGAGACAAAGUGAAGAAGUUUGCACAGCUGGCAGCCUCUGGUUUACGAGCAGAGUAAGUGUUGCUUUUUGUUUGUGUUUCUUAGUUUCUUAAACAAGUGCCUGGAAAACAUUAAACAAACAAGCAAGUGACUGUUUUAAGUAUUGCCUUUCCACCUUUCCUAUAUUUACUUUGAAACAAAGGUUGAAAUUGAGAAGUUAGUCUUUGCGCUUUCUUAUGAAGUUAUAACCAUUUUCUCUUUUCUUUAAAUCACUUAUAAGCCCCUAAUAAAGACCUUUUUUUAGACUUGGAAAAUUAUUGACUUACUAUGUUUAAUUUUUUCUCUCACUAGUGGUAAACCAUGUCCACCUUUCAAGUUGGUCAUUUUAGAUGAGGCAGAUUCCAUGACACCUAGCGCACAGGUUUGAUAUCAGUGUUAAUUUGGUUUGUUGUCAAGUUUUAUCUAAAAAACAUUAACUAGAAACAGGAGAAUAUUCUGAAAGAAGCUCCACGUCCGAAUAAAAAAAUGAAAGAUUGUUAGCUGGAGAAAUCUGCGUAUUAAAUGGAGAAUUCUCCAAUCUCCAAUGCCUGAUGAACACCCUGAAUAAUAGGUAAAUGUUGUAUUCACACCUUAAAGUAGACACUUAUUAAGUCAAGGACUGGUUACUUCCAUAUUUGUUUACAAGAAUUUAUAUUUGAUUGUUGUAUCAGGCAGCCUUGAGAAGAACUAUGGAGAAACAGACAAAGUCAACAAGAUUUUGCCUCAUUUGUAACUAUGUUAGUAGGUAUGUGCACAGGCUUUUAAUUUGUUGAUUUAUUACAGACAGUGGAACCUUAUGCCAUUUCUGUCUAAAAAAAAACAAAUGUAAAUAUUGUAAUUUGUUUGUCUACGAAGCACUUAAGAGUUCUUAAACACUUGUUUAAACGUGUCCCGAGGCAUUUCUGAUUGCAUUGGAAUUUUGAAGUGAAGAAAGGGAAAAACCCAAGUACCUGACGAAGGGUUCAUGCAAGCAAUGAGAUUGCAAACGAAGCUCUAUGGCUGGAAAGCCUUUCCAUUUGAUUGGGAAUGUUCUUGGAAUUUCCAACCAGAAAUUUUGCGUAAAUGGAAAGUGCCCUUGGUGUCAAGUUUGAGAAUUGCCACAGAAGGCAUCUAGCAGGCAUCUGGUCCAAAAUGGGAGUACACUGACAAAACUGGAGUUGUUGACCAUCUCAUCAGACAAACUGAACAUGUUGUGGCCCAGUUUUACCCUUGGUUCAAACAUGUAUUACUUGUUUUUUUCUUGACACUUGUCAUCCAUUACCAUGACCCAAAACAAGUCAAGCUCAAAUUCUCAUCCUAUAAUUCCAUUUUUUUUUCUUUUUCACAGAAUUAUUGAACCCUUGACUUCCCGUUGUUCCAAGUUUCGUUUUAAGCCUCUGUCUACAGAAACACUUGAGAAAAGGCUAAACAUGAUCUGUAAAGAAGAAAAUGUGAAUUGUGAUAACAAGGUAUGGAUAGAUGGUCUGUUCUGAAAAAGGUUGAAAAUAAGUACGGGGGGUUUCAACAACUCCGCCGCUCAAAUUAGAAGGUUACAUUUUGAUUUAAGUUCACGUAGUUUUAUUUUAUUUUUUAUACAGGCAAUUCAUGAACUAAUAAAAAUUUCAGAAGGAGACAUGCGAAAGGUGUGUAAGACUAGAGAUAAUAGUUUAGUAAUAUUAUUGAUGUUGAAGCCUUCAUUUUCUUGAGAAAUACAAAAAUAACUUAUUGCAACAAAUGACCUACAGCCUUGUCCCUGGGACCAGUAUGAUAUUAUUCAUGUCCCUGCUUUGUUCAAAAGACAAAUGCACACUUGUCUUGGAAUUAAAAUUUUCCAAGGGGAUUUUUGAGGGGCCUAUUUUUUAUAUAUAAUGGGGAAAAUUUGCAUUUCAGUUUUGGCUUUGGAGAGAACUUUGUGUUAGCACUUUUUUUUUAUUGUCAGAUCAUUGUUUAUGUUGUAGAUCAUACCCUAGUUGAAGAAAAGGGGGGAGAGCUUAUUUUGCAGAACUGAUUCUUCCUCAACCUCAGCCAUUUUCUAAUCCUGUUGAUUGGAUGUACCAGCCUCUACACUUUUGUUCCUGGCUUCCUAUCGUUACACUUCUUUUGUUAUUAUCAUGAUUUUGUAUUUUUUUGAAGGCCAUAACAUACUUACAGAGUGCUUACAGACUGAAAGGAGAGGACAUGAUUGAGGCUCAUGACAUCACUGAAAUAGCUGGGGUAUGAUACUACAGUUGUCGAUAUUAUUGAGACCCUCUCUGGGUUUGUGAUAGGUCGUUAUUUUGUUCUCGGCUUCUCGGGUGGGGGGGGGUGGGUGGGUAUGUGUGUCCCUAAUCUGAAUUUCAAAUUUGGUUGUUUCACGUUUUGAGAAUUAGGCCAUGUCCUUGUCAGUAUUUAACCCAUCUUUAUGUUGUUUGUUGCCAUUUCAUCUAUUCUUUUGUCACAGUUUUAAGGCCAUUUUCACCCUAACAGGGCCUCAUUAUUACAUUAUUUUAGAACAAUGCAACCUAGAGUUCAGCUAUUUCUUAACCUGCUCGUGGGCAUGCAAGGAAAGUUAAUGGGUAGAGGUUUUCAGCUGAGGCCUUCACAGUCUGACCCUGCUUAAGAUUACAAGCCUUAUUUUACAACCCUGAUUCAUUUUGAUUUGAAUACAGAAUUGAUUAAUUUUUCAAACUAAAACAUGGAAUUAGAUUUUGUGAGCAAAACUGUUGGUACCAUGAAUGUAGACCUCUAGUCGCCAACCUUUACACUCUUUUGAAGGCUACUAGUCUAGAAAGACACCUUAUUCAAGAUGCUAAAUGAUGAAAUUGUAUACCCUGAAAAGACCCUGAAAACCAUUCCCUGUUCCCCCAUCCCCUUGGCUCCUAACCAGGUUCAUUUCCAACAUAAUCACUAGCCAGAGUUGUUUAACAGUAGAAGGACUUCAAAUCUCUGAUGCCAUUGUCUGAAGCUUCUUGCUGACACUUUUGCCCAAUGAACUUUCAGGUUGUUCCUGAUGAUAUGGCUGACAAACUUUUUGCAGCCUGUGGUUCUGAUUCUUUCGAAAAGCUGGACUCUACUGUGAAAGUGAGUAUUAUUAUGAUUGUUGUGCUGUAUCAUGCCUGUCUGCUUUUGUGUUUGCAAAGAAGCAAGAAAGAUGGGAGUAGUCCAGGAAUGUUCAUUAGUAGGGCUCAAACUUGUACUUGCUGUUAAAACUGUCAACAACCUUUGGCAUGCGUCGUGCAUUACGUUAAGCACAUGUUUUCAACUGGAGAGCUUGUGUUGACCUGUAUUCUUGGACAGUUGGAAGAGUGUUAAAAACAAAGUGUUAUGGGCCUUAAAAGUAUCUUUACAGAUAAUUGUUGCACUUCCUCAAUGUUUUCCUUAUUAAAAAGGUCCUUAAGUGUGAAACUUGAUUGGUAACAAUAAUUGUGUCAGUUUUGAGGAAGUUGUUAGAAAUUACUCAGCCUGCAAAGCAGGCAUAUUUUGCAGUGCCAACGACGAUACUAAUGAUCUUGCACCAUCUUGGACAUUGAAACUGACGGAGAGUUGGGGCGCGUGUAAAGCCUUAAGAUGGCUGCCUGGGCUGCAGGCUAGUAAUUACUAUGAGAAUUAGUAUUUUCGUCCAGAUUGGGUGUGUUGUGGCAAACCCUGGACCCUCACCAUAGUUCUGCCACUGAAUGCCAUGGACCAAUCCUCUAACUACUAUGCAUUAUGCCAGUGGUUCAGCGUGAGCAAGAUGAUUAAAUGUUAUAGCAAUUUGGGAACAAACCGUUUUCUUGGCUCAAUUACUAAGAUAUGUUCUCUUGAAAUCAUAUCAACAGGAAAUCAUUGCCGAAGGCCACGCUGCAGCUCAAAUAAUAAAUCAGGUAUAGCAUCGCCUAGAAUAAAUUAUCAUUUUAACUGUGUAUAUUUCAUUGAAUAAGAAAAUUAAAAACGUGGUUAUUAAAUUAUCCCUUUUCGCAUGCGGCUGACCCAGAGUUUUUUCUCUGCCCAAAUAAUACCUCUUGUUACUACAAAUGUAUAUUUAUGAGUAAGACACAGAUUUGAUGGAACCUAAACCAAUAUAUAUAUGCGCUUACUUUAGGCAUGCUACUAAUGAACAGUUAUAUUCAGAUUUUCCAGCAACAACAAUUGUGGGUUCAGUGUCCCCUUUCAAAUUUAUUGAGUUUUUUAUGAUAAUUGUCUUGAGAAUUUCUUAUUUCCUCCAUUUCUAAACAGAUAAUUAUCUUAGUGUUUGUUUGUUUGUUUUUGUUUUUAGGUUCAUGACAGAAUUGUUGAAAUGAGCGAAUUGAAUGACCAUCAAAAAUCUGCGAUAUUGGAGAAAUUAGCGGUAAGAUAUUGACUUAUACUUUCCUUAAAUCUCUUCUCUGCACAAGAAGCAAAUACAACUGAACAUUAAUCCUUUAAGCCCCAAUAUCCAAAUACAAAUUCUUUAGACUGAUCUCCAUACUUUUCCUUAAAGAAUUCCUUAAGAGAAUUUGUUUGUAGAUCAAAGCAUCAUCAAUGGUGAUUUUUUUUUCCAUAAUCACCAUUUUUGCCAAAUUCGCCAUUUUCGCCAAAUUCACCAUAUUCGUCAAAAUCGCCUUUUUCUAAGGGGCCCCUUUUGCCACUUCAUUUGAAUUUUUCCCCAAUUUUUUGGAAAACUUGGCCAUAUUUGUCGAAAUCGCCAUUUGCCAUGGGGCCCCUUUGCCAUCUCUUUUGAUUUUUUGCUAUGAGUUUAAAAUUUGCUAAAACUUUGGCAACCUUUUUUUCUAGAUUCGACAGUUUCUUCAAAAUUUCCCCUUUUGCCACCGCAUUUGAAUAUUCACCAAAGUUUCACGAAUUUUCGCCAAAUGUGCCAUUUUCGCACACAGCGUGCAGUUCUGGACAUAUCCUUAAGCCAGGCAAACACAGACCAUAAUCAUGCUGUUUGGCAACUGUCGCUUCAACAAUCAACUUGCAGGUUGAUGUCUCUCUGUUCUUUUUGUUUUUUUGUUUUUUUUUUAGAUUGUCGACAAAUGUCUGUGCGACGGUGCGGAUGAGUACUUGCAAGUGCUUAGCCUGUGCUCAGUUAUGAUGCAACAAUUCUGUCAUGCCGGACAAACAUGAACAGUUUGGUAUCAAGAGACUGAAUACAGAGCAAGACAGCGUCACGCGAACAAUGAUAAAUAAAAAUUACUUUUUAGGUCUUAUUUGCAUAGCGUAUUCUUGGUAAUAAACAG